GCCCCGCCCCUCCUGCGCCUCCUCCGCCGGCGGUUCGGGCUGCGGCUCCUCCCGGGGGCCGGUUCCCGCUGUCUGAGCCGGGGCGGCGAGAGGACACGGCGUGACUGGCUCACUAGCCACCGACAUCUGGAGCUGCCGCUUCCAGCCCGGCCCCCCUGGCCGGGAACCUGGGACUAGGUUCGCCCUCCGCGCCACUCGCCCUUCGCUCCCCGCUCUUCGUCCGGGCAGGCUCCCGGCGAGCGAGCCGCGCUCUGGCCCUUCCCGGGCGGCGCCGCCGCAGCCACAGCCCGCGCCCAAAGACAGGGCUGAAAAUAGACUGAAAUCAUUUUUCAGAGUUAAAAGAAGAUCAAGAAGACAAGAUGGGGACUCCUGGCUCUGGAAGGAAAAGAACGCCUGUGAAAGACCGAUUUUCUGCAGAAGAUGAAGCUUUGAGUAACAUUGCCAGAGAGGCAGAAGCGAGGUUGGCAGCGAAGCGGGCUGCCCGGGCAGAAGCAAGAGACAUACGCAUGAGAGAACUCGAACGGCAGCAAAAAGAGCAUUCUCAUCAUUCCUUUGAUCGGAAGUGGGGACAGAUUCACAAGUGGCUGGAAGAUUCAGAAAGGGCCAGGUAUUCCCACCGGUCCAGUCAUCAUCGUCCUUAUCUGGGAGUUGAGGAUGCAUUGUCCAUUCGAAGUCUUGGCAGUUACAGGAACCCAUCGAAGGACAUAACUGGGACACAUUGGAGCAGAGCCAGUACACCCAAAAGGAAAGACGUCAUGUAUGAUUCUCUCAAGGAUAGAUCAUCAAGACUUUCAUCAUUAAAUCAUUCUUACAGUCACUCUUAUGGAAUGAAGAAAAGACCUUCUGGUUCUCAUAAAGACCCACUGAGUGGCCUCUACUUUGACCAGAGAAACUAUAGCAGCCUCAGGCAUAGCAAACCCAGUUCUGCCUACUACACUCGGUCUUCCUCCCUGUGCAGUGACCCUUUGGCGACAUCUAAGGGUACCAGGGCCUCUCUUACUGCAAAUUCUGGUGUGCUGAGAAGUGCGAGUCUGGUGUCAUUGUAUGAUGGUGGAUUAUAUAACCCUUACGGUUCUCGAACUCCAUCUGAAUACAGUUAUUACUCAUCAAGAACAAGUUCAGCCCGAAGCAGUCCUGUGUUGAUUGACGAUGACACCGCAAGCAUCGCAUCUUCUGGUCGUUCCAGUCGUGGGCGAAGGGAGAGUGUGGUUUCUGCCGCUGAUUAUUUUAGUCGCUCCAAUCGUAGGGGUAGCGUUGUCUCUGAGGUGGAUGAUGUCAGUGUCCCAGAGUUGACCAGCUUGGAUGAAAAAUCUGACAAACAGUAUGCUGAAAAUUACACAAGACCUUCAUCUCGAAAUUCUGCCUCAGCAACAACCCCUCUAAGUGGAAAUUCAUCCAGACGAGGAAGCGGGGACACCAGCAGCUUAAUAGAUCCAGACACCUCAUUAAGUGAAUUGCGGGAUAUCUAUGACCUUAAGGACCAGAUACAGGAUGUAGAAGGGAGAUACAUGCAGGGGCUUAAAGAACUAAAGGAGUCUUUGUCUGAAGUGGAAGAAAAAUACAAGAAAGCCAUGGUUUCUAAUGCACAGUUAGACAAUGAGAAGAACAAUUUGAUCUACCAGGUAGACACCCUCAAGGAUGUUAUUGAAGAACAAGAGGAACAGAUGGCGGAAUUUUAUAGAGAAAAUGAAGAAAAAUCAAAGGAGUUAGAAAGGCAGAAACAUAUGUGUAGUGUGCUGCAGCAUAAAAUGAAUGAACUUAAAGAAGGCCUCCGACAAAGAGAUGAGCUUAUUGAGGAGAAUCAACGUAUGCAGCAGAAAAUAGACACCAUGACAAAAGAGGUGUUUGAGCUCCAGGAGACACUUCUUUGGAAAGAUAAAAACAUUAGGGCCCUAGAGAAACAGAAAGAAUACAUUGCCUGCCUCAGGAGUGAGCGGGACAUGCUCAGAGAGGAGCUGGCUGACCUGAAGGAGACAGUGAAGACAGGAGAGAAACAUGGCUUAGUCAUCAUCCCCGACAGCACUCCCAACGGUGACGUCAACCAUGAGCCCAUGGUCGGAGCCAUCACUGUGGUGUCUCAGGAAGCUGCGCAGGUCUUGGAGUCAGCGGGAGAAGGCCCUCUGGAUGUAAGGCUACGAAAACUUGCUGGAGAAAAGGAAGAGCUACUAUCACAGAUCAGGAAGCUGAAGCUUCAGUUGGAGGAGGAGCGGCAGAAGUGCUCCAGGGGUGACGGCUCGGCGGGCGGGGACUUGGCGGGACUGCAGAACGGCUCGGAUUUGCAGUUCAUUGAGAUGCAGAGAGAUGCUAAUAGACAAAUUAGUGAAUACAAGUUUAAGCUUUCAAAAGCAGAACAGGAUAUAACCACGUUGGAACAAAGUAUCGGCCGGCUUGAGGGACAGGUGCUGAGGUACAAAACUGCUGCUGAGAACGCUGAGAGAGUAGAAGACGGACUGAAGGCAGAGAAGAGAAAACUGCAGCGCGAGUUACGAACAGCACUGGACAAGAUCGAGGAGAUGGAGAUGACCAACAGCCAUCUGGCCAAGCGGCUGGAGAAGAUGAAGGCCAACAGGACAGCACUUCUGGCCCAGCAGUAGGGAGGCUGCCCCUCCUUGCGCUGCUCCUGAGGCCCCGCCCAGAGGGACUGGCUUCUGGCCGUCGACAAACCCCUCUCAGUACUGUUUGAGUUUUGUCAUUAAUGUAGCCACCUUUGUAUUUUAUAAUUUAUGAGAGAAUGAAAUAGGUUUGAAUCUUCAUGAAUGAACAUUUUGGAUUUUGUUUGUAGUUUAAUUCUAGACUAAGAACUGGUCCAUGCUGGGUUUUUUAUCCCCAUGACUUUAGAAUCAAGUUUACUCAUCGUCUCCCCAAGCUGCCUCAGCGCCUGGGCACUCGGAGGCCUUGGCCCGGGUUCGGAGGACAGCGAUUCUGGGAGUGCUCACUGAGCUGCGUGCUGGAGACCUCAGAGACCACACAAGUGCCUUCUCCACAGUGCGAUGCAGCCUCCAGUGAUCUCCGGCGGUCACAGACGUUACCCUUAAUAUCAGAUAGCAUUUAUAUUUUAGUGAAGAAACAAGUUCACAGGUGGGGAAUAUAUGUGUCACUAAAAUUUAUAUGUUUGGAGGAAAAAGCCUUUUUUUGUAAAAUAUUUAAAUUUAUAUAAGAAAAUGUUAGAAAAAGAUAUGCUUUAUUGCAUGGGGCAGGGGAAGUCCAAGGCCUACUACUCUUAAAGGAAGAGUAGGGUACUUAGUCUUCAACAUCAACUGUGCUGUAUCUUUUAAAGUAUUUCAUCUGCUGCUGCUUUGUGGAAUGAAACCUCAGAUAAGCCCAAACGGGGGGUGGGGGGGGGGGACAGGGCAGGCAAGUGGGGCAUAUGCCUGAAGAUUCCAUUAAACACACCCUUUUGCUGACCACAAUUGGCCUCUGACACAUUCAUUCUGUGAGAGGAGCCUUUAAAACAAACCACGGCAACCAUGCCUUAUUAGCCCCUCUUCUUUUCUCUCCUUCCUAAGGCAAACCCUGGAAUAUAGACAUUUUAUUUGAAGAACUUUACUUUCAUCUUUAAAGGUACCCAGUUCAAGAGGUUUCUAUCAUCGAGUGUAGUCAUUUUGUAGGAUUUGUGAUUCUCUUUUGCUCUCAGAAUCAAGGUGGUUUUAUGGAAUGAUUAUUGUACCCAGUGUGGGGAAAGUCCAGUAAAUCAAGGCCACAUGAGAAUAAAGUUAGACCUGAAACUAGAUAAUAAAGGUAACUCAAAUGUGAAUAAA